AUGUCGGCUGAUGUGCAGGCGCUAGCGGAGGCGGCCAAUCUGAAGAUGGCGGGCGACAAGGAGACGGCCGCGGCAGAAGCGGAGUGGCGGCAGCUGACUCACCUCAUCGAGCACGACCGCAAGCAAAAGGAGCUACAGAGGGGCCGCGAGCUGGCGGAGCGAGCGCAGUCGACCAGCAAGCUGCUGCGCGAGGACCUGACCCGCGGAGUCGCGCCAAAACAGGCGCGGCGGCCCAGCUGGGCUGACACAUCAGCGGCUGCCUCGUCACCGGCUGCAGGGAAUGCCUCGAAGGACGCUGCGGCCGGCGGCGGCGUUGCGGGCGCGGCCAAGCGGUUGGAGGAAUUCACUGCAGCCUUCGCGCGCAUCAGCGAAGCCACAGGCGCGGCACUUGCAUUUUAUUGCUUUGCGUUACUACUGGGUGUGCGUGCAGGCACGGCGGGGGUGGAUGCGCUGGUGGUGGAGCUGAGCGCGAAGGAGGACGGCAACUUCCGCCUGUUCGGCUAUGUGGGCCAGGUCAACGCCGCCAUAGAACAGCUCCGGGCGCACAUGCGCGAAGUGGCGGCCGAGCUGGAGCGCUGGCAGAGCAGCAACGCUGCGCAGGACACCGAGCACGCGCGCGCCGUGCAGGCGCUGCAGGAGCGGCUGGAGGAGGCGGAGGCGGCUGCUGCGGCGUGGGAGGCACGCGAAGCUGCAGCGGACGGCCGUGCAGCCGCCCUCGCAGAGGCCGUCCAGGCGCUGUGGGUGCGCAGUGGGUGCGCGGGUUCUGGGCUGGAGGAGCUUCUGGACGGCGGCGGCAUUCCCUCCACGGCCAACCUCAUGCAGUACCUGGGCGCCAUCGAACAGCGCACCAACCACCUCCUCCACGAUGCUGCAAACAGCGGCGCUGCUGCGAGCGGCGCGGAGGCUCAGGAGCAACCGGCCGCGGCCGGCGCCGCCCCUGAGACGGCCGCAUGGGAUCCCAUGCGCUUCCUGCCCUCCACCCUGGUAGAGAUGGACGAUGGCAACGGAGCAGAGGCCGACAGCGGACCCCUCAUGCCCCUCGAUCGCAAGGCACUGGAAGCGAGGGCGCUGCAAAGCAUGAGCAGGCGGCGGGAGCAGGCGGGCAACACAGCCGGCGGAACCCAGUCUCUGGGCUUCCGACCUGGCAGCAGCCCUGCGAGGAGGCCUCCGCUCACCGCGCUCGGCCGCACCGCCGCAGCCGUCAAGCGGCCUGUGCUGACGCGGCCGCGCCGCUGA